GAGGUAAAGCACUUUUCCUAUUGCGGGCUGCUGACUUCUGCAAUCAAGGAGCUAAUUAUUAACCAGCGUGCUGUUGACAAAGUUUGGCAGGCCUGAAUAGCCCCCCACACUGAUUUGCUAAACCUCUCCAUUGACCGCUUCCUACUUUAGCCACUUGAGCUUGCCACAGAAAGCAUAAGCAAGGAUUCAAGGUGGGCAACAGAAACUUACCUGGGGAGUCAUCGAUGGAAAGAGGAGGAGGAGGAAAAAGGGAAGUGGAGGACAAAUCAUGUCAUUGACUGGAAAGUGCGUCAACCUGCCUCUUUUCAAUCAUAUCGGCAUGGGACUGUUCAGAAUCCUGGUGGGACCUGGCACUGAAAUUAUUAAGUCCAGUACUGGCAUUGUACCGUGUGCCACAGAGAGAUUGGGCGCUACAAGGCGAGUAAUCCAGCGUCUUUAAAGACAGACUUUCAUCACUUAAUAUUUUAAAUUGUAGCAGUAAAUGGAUUUUCAUCAGCGUCAGAGUGCUUUUUCAGGUUUGUAGUACGUUAAACACAAGCAACACAAAUGGAGAAGAUAGAAAAGUGCAGCUUAAGCAGCAACAGCUCCCAUUGCAGAAUGCAAGAAGCCAUGAUCAGCAUUCCUUCAUUACUGUGUGGUUCUACGCUGGUCAUAGUGGCAUUUAUAUUGUCAAAGACAUGCAAGGUGAUGAUGAAGAAAACAUCUUCUGUACAAGCUCCAUCAGCAAACUUCUCAACAGAGAAGCCACUGCCUACCAAAGAUCUGUCCAUAUCUGAAUGGGAAAUUCCCACAGAAUGCAGCGUGCAGGAUUUGGAGUACCUUCAAAGUGGGCGGUAUGGACCCACCUGCAUGGCAUGGGUGGUUCAAGCUGACCUGUCAGUGCCGGUGAUUGUCAAAGCACUUAGAGAUCAAACAUCUGAAACUGAAGUAGGAGAAUUCCUGGAGUGGAUAAAAUUUCAUAUUCAGAUAUGCAGCCAUGAAAACCUGGUGAAGAUGCUCUACUGCCAGACAGAACAUGCGCCCAUGUUUUUAGUCUUGGAAGCCAGCGUUCCUGGGAACCUGCUUCACUUCUUGUGGGAAUUUCGAAAGAAAGACAUCGAUUAUCAGGAUUACCCAAUGAACUUCACUGAGAAGACUGUGUAUUCUGUGGCCAGGCAGGUGGCAUGUGGACUUGAGUACUUAACAAACGUGCACAAGCUGAUUCACGGUGAUGUGGCUGCCCGCAAUAUUCUAAUUGGGGACAAUUUAAGAGCCAGAAUAUGCGGCCUCAGCACUGCGUUUGAAAUCAAAAGGAAUGGGAGUCCUCCUUCCCUUGGAGCCUCUAUAAUCCCCUGGAAAUGGUUGGCACCCGAAAGAAUGAUGAGGCUGUCAGUCACAGAGAAGAGUGAUGUAUGGUCUUUUGGCAUCCUGCUUUACGAGAUGAUGACACUGGGUUCUCCUCCAUACCCUGAUCUGCAGCCAGCAGAGGUACUUCCUAAUAUCCUGGGGGGCUACAAAAUGAAGAGGCCAGAGCACUGUGGAGGGGCCCUAUAUGACAUUAUGAAACACUGUUGGAUGUGGGACCCUUUAGACAGACCCUCAUACUCUGGACUGAUUAAACAGUUGGACUCCUAUGUCUAUUGUGCUGGUACAAACAGGCUGUCAUCGAAGAAGCCCCUGGAUUUGCACGAGUACAGCCUUAUAGCUGAUGUGAUUUGCUGCGCUCCCAGGCAGAAUAUAACUGAAAACGGGUCUAGACUGUGAAAAGAUAACAGAAGAUGGAGAGAAUAGAUUACAAACCCACCAGUGGAGACCUUACACAGAAAUAUAUUAGAUGAUGUGGAUUAAAUAUCUCCAACCUGA